UAGUGCAUUAGUGCCAAUGAACAAAUUGAAAUUGUUUUCCCUUUUUUAUAAACACUGAUUUUUCACAUGUUUCAACUUUCAACUACCUAUAGAUGAAGAAAGAAGAUAACCUUGUAUUUUGGACUUGAGUCAAAAACACUAAUUUAUAUUUAUAUUAUAUACCCAAUAAUAUAAUUAAUGUUAAUCUAAAAUCUAAACACGACUUACGUGUUAUGUGUAUCUAAUAAUACACCUAUGAUGUUUUGUGAAUCAGACAUCAGUCAAUGUCAAUCAAUCGUGAGAAUUAAUUAUAUUAUUAUCGGCGUGUGCUGUGCUUUCAUUUAAGUAUUUCGCAACAUUUAGUCGAUAAUCAAUUAGUAUCUGGACCAACGGAGGUUAUAAUAUUAAUACAUGUGACGCAGAGAACAACUGAGAACAACUUUGACACUGUAACGACAAUAUGUUACUCAAUAUUGUUUUAUCGUAACGCACAGAAAUUGCACCUUUCUAAUUAAUCAGCUUUUUAACAUCACAGUGAGCCGAUCAGUAUGUCAAUUAGAGGCUCUGUUUGGAAACCAAACUUACUAAUAGCAUCAUCAAGUUGUCGGGCACAAACAGUAUGCCGGACAUUUUCAAGGCGGUGCAAGAAAUCAUUAUCAAAUGAUUCAUUACUAUUAUCUAUUUUAAAAAAACGCACCAGAAAUUUUUUUAAUAAACAAGACUUAGGCGUUCAUAUUACAAGAACUAGAAAGGUAAUGAUUGCUUGUAAAAAAAUGAUUACUGCAGUCAAUAAGUUUAAGCAACAGUUGGCUAAACACAGAAAAAACUUGAUCAUGUGUGUGGCUAUGGCUUUUACAUUUGAUUGGUAUAAAGAAAGAAUAUGUGUUGAUGAGCUUAUCAGGCUACGUCAAGAAUUUGGAAUUGUUAAAAAAUUAAAUAAACAAUCCACCUCAAAUAAUAUUAUUCAAAAUGAGCAAAAUAUUAAUAUUUCACAAAAACCGGUUUCUAAUAUUAAUGAAUUAAAUUGUUCUAUGUCUAAGACAGGAAAUAAUAAAAACCAAAUUGAAUGUUCAUAUAGCAGUUGUGAUUGUCCUAGGUGUAGAAACAUGAGUGAGGAAGGAUGGGAACCUUUUACAAGUGGUUCUUAUUACAAUGCUUGGAGAAAACCUAAUGUUGAUUACCCAGGACAAAAUUUAUAUAUUUACAAAGUGCAUGGAUCAUUUAAUGAUAUAACAGCAUUAGACUUUAUGCAAGUGCAGUUAGACCUUCAAUAUCGAAAAGAAUGGGAUAAUAUGUCUGUAGAUUUGGAUAUUUUUGAUUCAGAGCCUCUUACACAUAGUGAUCUCAUUUAUUGGGAAUUUCGUUGGCCGAAAUGGUUUCAAAAUCGUGAUUAUGUAUUUAAACGACGCUACAAAAUUGAUGAAGAUGAAAAAUUAAUGUUAAUUGUUUGUGAAAGCAUUGAACACCCUGAUUAUCCUGAGCAGAAUAAUAAGUGGAGAGUAAAAGAUUACUGGUCAUAUAUUGUCAUUAAGCCACAUGACGCUUUUGAUAAGCCAGGAGUUGAGUUUUCAAUCACUUACUUUGAUGACCCCGGAGUUACGGUUUCAAAUUACCUCACAUCGUGGUACCAAUGUAAAGGGUUACCUUCAUUUUUGAACGAUCAAAGAUUAGCUGCAUUAGAAUUGACAAAACGUCGCUUCGAAGAAAAUAAUAUUUUAAAACCAGAAAAAACUAAUAUAGAUGCCAAACUAGAUCAACCACAGACACAAACAUCUUGGAUUUCUUGGAUUUUUGGAUACUUUUUAUUUUAAAUGACAUUGAAUAUAAGUUAGUUAUUAAAUAGUUAAUUAAAAAAAAAAUUAAUUGUGCAUAAAUGUAAAUAAAAUAAUAACUACUGUUAUUAUUACAUAAUUAUUCCGGUAAAAGGUCUUGAACUUGUUCAUCUGCAAAUUCUUUUUCUAAUGAUGUAAUUGGUCUUGAUGUGGAUGUGCGUGGUCUCUGUAAGGGUCCCAAUGGAUCACUAUACAUUUCUAGAUGAAAAUAUGAAUUAUUUGUAUUUAAUCUAUAACAUUAGUAUAUAUUAACAGUCAGUGCUCUAGCUUCAUUUUAUUUUUUAUACGACAUAUUGCGCUUGUGUAUACCUAUAGGCAUGUUAUGAAAAUAUUGUACUUAUUAACUCAGUAUCUUCGAUUAUAAUGUUGCUAUACAUGUUUAGGUAUCAUAACUUACAUAUACAAAUACAGCAAAACCUCUUUAUAAUGUAAUCACUCGGUACCAACUGAUUUUUUCUGUUAUAAACGAGUUCUCGUUAUAGGGAGACUAAAAUAUACGGGUUAUUGGUUAAACGGAGCUGUUGUCAUAUUCUUCCUUAUAGUGGAUCUGUUAUAGGAGAUUUUACUGUACAGGACUUUUUUUUUUUUUUAAUCGUUUAAAAUAUUGUAUUACAAUAUUAUUUAAGCUAAUGAUUUAAAAAAUGAUAAGUAUUAUAGGUGGGUGAUCACCCAUGUUUCUAUCCUCAAGCUACGGCACUGACUAAAAUAGUGAUGCCUAGCCCAUUCAUUUAGCAAUUUUUAAGCUUAAAAAAUUAUAAAAUUUACAUAAUUUCCAAAAUAUUAAAAUUGUAUUUUUAUUAUAUAUAUUUUUCUGUUGAUGGCCUGCACAAGCCACAAAUGCAACAUUUCAAAAUUGUGGCCCGGCAAAACAAAAGGUUAGGCAUCACUGGACCAUGCCAAAGUAUACAAUAUACAAUAUACUACAUAUAAGAUGUUAAAUACCAUUUGGUAAUUUUGCUUCUGGGUGAACAUAUAUAUUCAUUUCAUCAGAAAUGUUUUGUCGUGAAUAGGCACUUGUUAAAGGCAUUGAUGUAGUAAUCAAAGCUGUUCCUCCUCUAGAUGUCCGUGGUCUUUGAGAAGAAUCACUCACCAUACCUUAAUAAUAUAAUUUAAAAUUGAAUAUAGAAUAAGUAAUAAGUAUUAUUGAGUUUGGCCUUUAAAUAUUUAAAUGCACAGUGUAAUUCAAUUAUCAAAAAUUAAAAAGUUUAACAUACA